AUGUCCGAUAGCGAGACUGAACCAGAGUCUGACGUUCCUUCAUGCCCAUUGGACCCCACCACUACUAGUACUAUCGCUCAGCUGGUGAACACGCCCAAAACCGAUUCCUCAGAUCCCAUCAGCGCCGUGAACUCAGCCGUCAAGAUCUUAGAGUCUUUGGAUUUCAGUCUUAUUCGCAAGGACGCGUCUUUGCAUGGAACCAUUCAGGAGUCAUCGAUCACACUCCUGGAGUUCUUGCAUGUCGUGCUUACGAUGAGUCCAACCUUCGCUCAUGAUGUGCGCCGCAUGAUGCAAUCCCUCGCUCACAUACACGCUGUCCUUGCAAAGCUCGGCGAUGUGGUUUCACGUGUCGCGAGCGCCAUGCAUGAUCGCUACUUCGACGAUGGUCUUCCUGAAGCUUUGAAGAAACGAAGAGAGGAAGAUAAUCUACGGGCUGCGGCUCAGCUCCCAGGUAAUAGGUGGGAUUCCGUCCCUUCGGUACUGACAUCCGAAAAAGCUUCACCUGCCGCGAAGCGCUUAUCCCUUCGCCUAUUGCUCUCGCGAUAUGUAUUGCAACCCCAGUUAGUUCUUCCUCCAAUGGUUGUCGAUGCACCACUGAAUGACAGACCUGAUCGUAUCAACAGUAUGGUCUUGUUGCUUCCCUAUCUAGCAGAAUUUAUGCAGCACACCGUGGUGCAACUCUCAGAGUGCUCUCCACUACACGCGCAACACCAAUCCGGAUUUCAGGAGCGCAUGAAUUGCGCAAUGCUGCUCUCACUUUUCGCUCUCGUGGACCUUGCGACAAAUCCAAAAGAUGCAGAAACAGAUGUUCCGUUUCGACCAUACACACUAGCGACAGUGAUAAAACUGCUACGUUUUGUAAUGCUUGUUGACAACACAUUCUCAGCGCAAACUGCUGUAUCGGCUUGCCCAGAUCUCGAUGCCCCGCGGGUUGUUCUCGUUUUAUGGAGGCAUUUCGUACCUUGGACCUGGCGACUACUCACGGAAUGCAAUGGGUCUGACUCGGAGACCAUCAUAUUUCUGACGACUACGUGGCUUCACCACGCAUUCGACUCAGAUCCUCAAACUACUUUAUCUACGCUGGCGACCUUUACUGGCGACGAACACGGUAAAUAUAUGAUCCGUGCAUAUCUUGCCUACUUUUCUCGGCUUUUAGCGUAUCUUUCUUCAGCUCCGCGUCCUCGAAAUCUUACCACAACUCAAACGGAUGUUCUACUAAAGACUUGUCAGUACUUCGUUCAUUGGAGCGAUUCAGAUUUGUUAGGCAUUCGCAAGUCUAGCGAUUGCUGCAGAUACCUCACUCUUCUCUUCGUCUAUCUUUCGUGCGUUGAAAACGGACACGAUGCUAGCGACUACGUUACACACGCCAUGGCUAGGAUGCAGCCUAGAAGCCUGAGGGAUGGCUGGAAGCAGGCGAUACAGGAGGAAUCAUCAAAGUUUAACGAUGAGUUAGAGAAAAGUAGGCAGCUACUCGAGGAUAGGCCUGACAAGAAUCAUAUUCGCAGAGCGAAACAAUUUCUCGACUUUUUGACUAUCGAGUGCUUUUCAAAUGUCCAGAUCUCAAACCAGAAGUUAAUAAUCGAGUUCCUCGAGGCCACGAUGGAAUAUUUGCAUCGUGAAUCCGCAGAAGAGCGUCUGCCGAGUUUGUCCACGAGUUUCCUCUCGUGUUUGACAGCAUUCCAGCGUGGACAGCCUGUAAUCAGGGUUUGUGAUGCUCCUUUGCUAUCCGAUGCCGAAAGCAUCUGGCAAGUCGCUAUAGACAACGCCACUCCUGAUUUAGCCCUGGCUUGUAAGCGUCGAAUUGAGAUAGAUUCGCAAAAGCCACUUACCCAAGUAGAGGCCUGGGACUUCCUACGAAAUGUUCUCCUGAUGAUUGGUUCGCAAGAUUAUUUGGGAGACGAAAGCCCCCUUGCUCUUGUUGUCAAUCCGACAAUAUGCGAUGCUCUCUCACAGCUGCUGAGGAAUGCAGACGAACAUACUGCGAUGGUGAUGCAGUCUUCUCCGUGGACAUCGCAUCUCCGAUCAGCAUUGCAACGGAUUCAAAGUUCAGAUGAUUGUCCCGACUCGGAAGGCUACUCAUCAUGGCUGAAGAAGAUCAUUUUGAAGCCUGCGGCAGAUUUAAUGAACCAGGUUCAGGCUACAACAGCGAUUGAUAUAAUACCAUGUCGCAUCAACGGUCUAUUCCAGCUUGUCUGUGUACCUCGUAGUCAGUCAUUCAAAUUGUAUCAGGGAAUAGUUUCUAACACUGCAGCAUUAGCGUCAAUACGGAUCGUCAUUGUUGCAACGCUGGACAGGGGCUUCCUGGCCAGGCUUAACGGGUCAGCGAAUAUUCUGCGAUUGGCACCUGAAGGGCCUGCAUGA